ACUCUUCUUACCUAUCAGCCUAUGACAACACACACUCUUCGAACCUGGACCCAUGACCUUGCCUUUAAAUCUCCACAUUACUUCUACCAUUCAGGUACACCGGCAAUGGUGUGUACUUGGCUAUUACGCUGGGCUCUUGGGCGCACCGCUCCCAAUCAGGCCCGAUCGACGGUAUCUGUUUCGUCCAACCAUGAUUCCCCAACUGCGAUCUCAACAACACCAGAGGCCGAAGAGUCACAAGAGGUCCAAGAAAUACAGGAAACUCAGGCACCAAGCUUAGGGCUCCUCCCAACUGAACUUAUACUCCUCAUCGCUGAACUCUUCACAGCCGCUGACGCUAUUUGCCUUGCUCUGACAUGCAAACGCAUGUACUAUAUCUUACAUGUUCAGGAUUUGGCCCGCCGCCUCGAUGCAAACGCCACGGAAAUUCUACUUUGCCGCAUAGAAAAGGAUAUCGUAGGCGUUAGCUAUUGCGUUGUUGGUCAAAAGCUCGCACAAUUCACUACCUACACGUUGCUUAGGCAACACUUGCAUUUUCACCGUCACAUGACUACAAAAUCGAAUGGGCCACUUCAUAUAAAUUUCGGAUUAAGUCGUUUCUACUUCCACUGGUGUACUGCCCGCCUUGCCACGAAUUACCAAAUUCUCGGCCCGCAACAUGGUCUUCCUGCUUCUUUAUUAACAUUUACAUACGAUCACCAGGACAAGGAACAUGGGGUAUGUUGGAAAGAAGUGUGGGCAGCCAAGGUAGUUCACGGUGAGCUGUUCAUAUCUUGCAUACAUACAGUUUUCCAUGGAAGCGCCGACGCAGGCACCUUACAAACUUAUUUAAAUACUAAAGGGAUUGCUAUAUGCCGACACUUAGAAGUCGGCGGGGGUAGAGGUUACCGAGUCCGCGUAGGGUUACCUACAAAUCUGAUAAAUAACACUGGACACUAUGACAUAGGGUGGUGUCGAAGGUGUGAGACCGACUGGGAAACUUCUGUUGAGUCGACAGAGCGCGGCUGGACGGUCACAGCAAAGACUUAUCACGGGCUGGGUACUUGUCGCUCACCCCAUGACCCGAAAUGGCAUGCUAUGGCCAGCAGGUACAAACCACCUUUUCGAGAGGUACCCCGUGGCGCUGUGAAAGCAUCAUGGGAAAAAGUCUGAAAUCCGCUUCUCUACUAAUCAACGAAAAGUACACGGCCAGGGGUAAAACUCCAGACAAAAAAGGCGGUCACAACUAUUUCCUUUCAGCGCAAUGGUACUUGGCUGUUUCGCAAAUAUUGGGGGCCCUAGUCUUGUGAAGACCGAUGGACCUGUGCUUAAGAAUGCAAAACAGUGCUUGGAGGCUUAUAAGGAAGGCAAACUGCUUCAAUCUCUGCAGAAGCGAGAACAUGAUGAAGAUGCAUUCAGUGGUAGCUAGCAACUUGGCCCAAGUAUUCGUGCUGGCCACGCAAGUAUUUAUAAUGGUUGCAACACAUUUCUAAAGC